AUGGCUGCAUUAACUGAAGCUAGUUCUCUCCCCAGCGCUCCUGCCAAUCCUGCCGGUACCCCCGGUGGCAUGACAGCUGAAAACGUGCCGAAGCCAUUCGAAGGAGCUGAGGCCAUUUAUCCACUGGAUGACGCGCGAUAUGUAGAGGAUCUUAAAUUUUUCCAAAAGUCUACUGGAAUCGAAGAUCCAUUGGCGUUGAAGAAACACAUCUUCAAAAUCCGCGACGAAGCUUACAAAACGUUCCCCUACCCUUGCAUUUGGGGUUUUGAUUUCCUCAAGAGGAAGACCCUCACCCAUCCCUUUUACCCACAAGUGAAAGCCAGCAAACAAUCCGAUAAACAGCAGAAAGUUUUCAUGGAACUCGGCAGUUUUGUGGGUGUUGAUCUCAGACAAGUUGUCCAAGACGGAUGGAGCCCCAAUAAUGUUUUGGGAGUAGACAUUCGUCGAGAAUGGACCGACCUCGGCCAUCAGCUUUUUAACGACGGUGACCGUGGGCUCCCCUUUUUUCUUGGUGAUAUCUUCCAGUCGGAGGUCCUUGAUGUAGCCCCGGCUGAAGCGGCACGACCAGUUCUUGAUCUUAAAAACUUGAAAGAUCUCAACCCGUUGAAAGAGCGCGUCAUGUACAUCUGUGGCCAUCAAGUCUUCCAUUUAUUUCCGGAACCAGUUCAACGUGAUCUGCUGGAGCGCUGCUGGCGACUUCUCUCACCUGAACCCGGUGCUGCCAUCUUUGGAACUCAAGUGGGCACUCCUGAGGGGCAGACGAUGAAGGGCUCCCAGGCCUACAUGCAUUCACCCAAGACCAUGGAAAAAUUAGUGAAGGAAGUAUUAGGUGAAAAUGUCAAGUUGACGAUGGAGGUAGAGAAAUAUGAUGCCGAACAUAACUAUCACAAGUUUCCUCUUGGGCUUGAAGGAAUGUUUUGGCUCCAUUGGUCUGUGGAGCGGAUUUAAACCAUGUUUUCUGGACGUUCGAGAGUACGAUAUCUCCUAAAGCCUUUCGACUCCCGCCACCUCAUGCCACUGUGUCAUUGAAAUCGUUUAGUAAAUUUUGCCUGACAUGCAUUGCCUGGAUCAGCCUGAAUCACUCUGGUUGCAUCGAUUCGCUGGACGAUUGGAUUUUGUUUCAAUUUCAACCUUUCUCUUUUCAAUCAUCUCAGGAAUUCAUACUUCAUGUUGUCUUGUAUCGUACUUUGGCCUUUAGGCCUUGACGUAAAAAGAUGCAGGGGACACUUCGGUGGGUUAGAGAGUGUCAAAAACUAAAAGCACAAAAUACUUGAUGAGAGCCCUGCGAUGCAAACUUCUAGUAUGAAGAAG